CUCUCGGCAGGGGUCUGCGGGCCGUGGGCGCGCUGGGUGCCGUCCCUCCGGUCCCGACCCAGGGGGCGCCGGGCGGCGCGGCUCCUGGUGGACGCCAAGCGCGUUCUGAACUGACAAAGAGAAAAAUGCUGCGCUGCUUCCCGCUGACGCCCAAGCUCAAACGAGGCAACGAAGCUGGCGCCCAGCCGCGCGGACCCGGGAGGCGCUGCGCAGGAGCAAACUCCUGGUCUGGAGAGUGGCAGGACCUAACCUCAGUGGCUGUUCCUUGCGGACCCCUGCCCUCUGCAGGUAAGCUGAUAGGUGGGAUGCGGCCUGGAGGCCUCCCUGGGCCAGGGGACACAGAGCUGGCUCCUUCAGCGCUGUGUGUGUCUGGCCACUGCCCACCCACCCGCCUGCACCCAGAGUGUGGCUCCGAGCUCGGGGCUCAGGCCCUCCUGGAGGAGUGUGAGGGCGCCCGAGGCAGGUCCAGGGCCGUGAGAAAUCCAGGGAGACCACUUCUCGAGCGGACUCCCUUCCCACCUGGCCCCCAUGCGCUGCGUGACAGGCACACACUGCCUGGCAUGUCUCCCUCAAGGGGACUCCUGGGAGGGAAGGAACUGCACAGACGUGUCUCCUUAGGGGCCGGGUCUGGGGCACGAAGCUGGGGGGCAGAGCUGGCCCUAGGAAGCCAGGAGUGGCUCAGGGGUCAGCUGAGUCCAGAGCAGGAGGAAGGCAUGUCUGUGGGCGGGAAGGCCAGGGAGCCUGGGGUCUCCAUCAUGCAGGGGCCCCUCUGACAGCAGGAAGGGGGCCGCCCCACAGCAGGGGCCUCCGGAUGCCCUCCAGCGCUAGGGCAGUGUCCAUGCCCCGGGGCAGCUCUGCCCCCCGUUACCUGACUUUAAGGUCACUCCUGGAGCGCAGCCCUGGGCCCGGUCCCUUCUCAGACAGAAAACCGCCCACCCGCCUGCCGUGAUGGCGCUGGGCAGCCCCAGGGGCGCUGGACCGAGAACUUGGUGGGCUAGAGUUUUGUGACCAAAGGAAAACGGGGAGGGGGAGGAGACCCCCGACUCCUCCUUCCUGAGUAGACGGCCAGCUUCCAUCAGCAGCCCCUGCUCCAUGUCAGCUGAGCGUCGUCUUGUCCCUUGCUGGUCACACUGGGACCACUGGGCGCCGCGGAAACGGACGAAACCGUGGUAACAAAUGCUGAACGUGGACAUGAGCGCAGGUUGCAGCUCCCCGUUGCCUUUCCCUGUACGUCUGUCUUUGGCGGGGGAAGAGAGGCGCUGCUGAGAGGGACUGACCUCCCUGGGUGGGUGUGGCUCUCACCCACCCUUGGGCGUGUGGGCGCCUGUCUCCAGCGUCUGUUGGGUGGUUUUGCCGCUAAGCGCGCCCGCUCUCUUUAAGGGAUCACGUGCGAGACCUCCCGUAGUUUUUUACUUGCAGUCUCCAGUCUCCUCGUGGCAUUAACUCUGUCAUCACUUACUUUGUCCUUCUACUCCGUCCCUCCCACCACCCUAUGGCCCCAGAAACAGCCAGCCGGAUACAGCAACUAACUCAGAUUCGUUUGUUUGUUUCUUGGUUGGUUUUUUGGGUUUUUUUUUUUUUUUCCGGCAGCAUGUGG